AUGUAUCCAACUAUAAGAUACGGCCUUAUCACCACGUGGACAAUCGCCAUCAUCACACACAAGGCACACAUCAUACCGGGCAUCAUCCCCUAUACAGCUAAUGNGGCCAGGGAAAGCGCCCGUGCCCACCAAAAACCAUCAAAACACGAUUCGGAUCCCACUUUCGUAUUGUUACAUACGCAGCCCGCCUCCAUACCCAUCCCCCAAAAAAGCACAGUUGAGCGAUGGGCAGUGUGGGACACCACUGAGUUUGUACAGGGCAUGGGCAGCGUGAGGCUUGUACUAGUGUCCAACGAGGCUGAUGUCCGGAGGACUGGUGGCGGCCAGAACUUCAUGGUGGUCAACCAGGUGGCGGAGGAGGUGCAGAGGCAUGGCACACCGCUCCUCAAGCGGCUGGUGCAUGGCUGGCUUAAGGACCAACGUCACCUUAAACAAGUUGUGACGAAGGACAGCAUGCUCCUCGGCCGUCUAAAGGCCAUCAAUGCUAUCCCCAGGCAAACACCGUCUGUGAAGAUGGCCAGCUGUGCAGCCAUGGCUAAAGCCCUGCACCGGCAUGCGGAGCUGGUUACAUUGGCGUCUGUUAUCAAGGACCUCAAGCAGAAGAGGCCACCGUUGAGCGCCACCAACCCAGCUGUGACACCCAUUCAGCACCUCCCAUCAGCACGCAACCUGCAGCAACCCAUCAUGCAGCAGUCACAUUUCUAUCCCGUUGGGGAGGUGUUUCCCACUGACCUCCCCAAGCGAACGUGGAACAGUAAGAAGGUGUCGAAGUAUGGCAUCUUAUCGGUGUUCAAAAAACAUAAAACCGGUGGUGAUACUACGUUACAAACGGUGCAGCCCUCCUCCAUGCCAAUAAGCACGGAGAUCCACCACUUUGAGGAAUUCUGGACGAAGCCGUUCAACUUCCAGCGGAUGCGAACUGGUGGGGUUAAAAGCUCCACCUAUCGUACCCUACAAAACACCGUCUCGAAGUUCCUGGGCUUUGCAUACCGCUGGUUGAAUGUUAACUUGGAAUCACUGUCCCUGCGCCUUUUCACGAACCAGUUUAUUCUCAUCAACUACAUCGGCUUCAUGGCCGAACGGGUCGGCCGUGAUAAAGCUGCCGUUGAAAUGACGAACCUCUCCAAGAUCGUGGAGUACCUCGAGCUUGUCGAUGCCAAGUCCCAGCCAGAUCCAGACGCAAAAGUGAGUCUGAAUAAGCAAGCAACAUGUGAUAUGCUUAAGAAAAUGAUCGAGGUCGCCCACCUCGUCAAGCUGGACGAGUGGUUGAGGCGGGUCAAGUCUCAGCUAAUCAAGAAUUAUCCGACAGUUCCCAAGCCGGCACCACUACCUACCCUGGUGGCAAACGCGGAGGAAGAAUCUGAGGACGAGGACGAGGAGAUGGACAAGGAGGAUUCGGAGCUGGUGACCAAGAGCCUACAAAGGCACAAGAGUGAGGUGCUAUCAUUUGUGCUUGCGCUGUGGGGUAAGGCAGAGGUGGCGCUGAACAAGGACCUUGCUGUUGCUGGGCCAGAUGGGCCCAUUGCUUACGACACUGCCUGCCUGCUCAUGCACACGCUGCUGGCAGACAUGAUAUCCGGCGUCUAUGUCCCACCCCUCCGCCCGUCCGUGGUGAGCACCUUGAUGGUGCCUGGCAAGCAGACCUGCAUGCAUGCUGAUUGCAGCCGGAUCGAGUGUCGUGGCAACAACAUCAUGGAGAUGCCACCUGCAGUGGCAGGGGCAGCAGGGGAGGGUAGCCAUGGCGCCAGUGGUGGCAGCAGCAGCAGCAGUGGUCGUCUUGUGUUGGAGAUCAUCCAUCACAAGACGGAGCAGUCCUCCAGGGAGUCCCUGCGAUUCCUGCUUCCAAGGAAGCUGUCACACCACAUCAGGACCUAUGUACGAUAUGCCCGGCCAGUGCUCUUACGCAUGAACGCAGGCAUAGACAGUGCUGGUUUUGAGGAGCCACCCUUUUUGUUUCUUGACAGAAUGGGCAGGCCAGUGGCCCACAGUGAUUCACCUUUUACCAACGAAUGGAAGCGCAUUCAGUGCAAGUAUGGUGCACCCUGGCACAUAUUCCCUCCACGAAACUUUCGGCAUGCCCACGCCACUGGGGGCUACAACGACCUGGUCCGCAAGGUGGAUGCACAAGAGGCCGACGCCUUUGAAGGGGAUGCACGUGUGAUGGGCAACUCUCUCUACACCUGGCACCGCCACUACAUCAGGGGUCUGGACAGCAUGGUGGCGCAGACGUCUGUUGGGCGCCUGGCACGCUUUCGGGCUGCAGAGCGGCGGCGGCAACAACACAGCUGCGGUCCGGAUGUGGCUACUGGACGGAAGGCAAGUGGACGGAUGCAGCGCCAUCCCCAUCAGCAUCAGCAUCAGCCGGACCACGACGACGACCAGCAGCAGGUUGUCGAAGCAGCUGGGGUUCCGUAUGAUGAUGAAGUCGGUGAAGCUGGGGUGGAUGAGGAGGAAGAGGCGGUGGGUGAGGAUGACGACAUGCUUCAUCAUGAGUACGACAUGUGGCGGGAACGUGCCACUGAGUACCAGCUGCUGGCAUCCAAGGAGGCGCUUGGGGGUGGGAUGGAGGAGGACAGUGGUGAUGAUGAUCACGAUGGCGGCAAAUAUUGUGGCUAUGAUGGGGGCCAUAAUAAUGAUGAUGGCAGCAGCAGUGAGGGUGACCUGACGGGUAACAAGGUGGAGGACACUGAGCAGGAGGAGGAGGAAGUGGAGGAAGAGGAGGAGGAGGAGGAGGAGGAAGAGGAGGAGGAGGAGGAGGAGGAGGAGGAAGAGGAAGAGGAAGAGGAGGAGGAGCCAUCGCAGAAGUUGCAGCUUGGCAAGCGCAGCCCCAGUCUUCUCAGCUGUGGCGAGCCUCCAGCAGGCAAGCGGCCACACCUUGGGCCGGUGGGGUUUCAGACAGCACUGUCCAAGAAGAAGAAGGAGAAGAAGAAGAUGAAGAAGAAGCAGGAGGAGGAGCAUGGCAUGGACCAAGAGCAUCGCCUCUCCCUGCUCAGCAGCAGUGAUGACGAUGACCCCUGCAGCAGCAACGUAAAAAAAGUCAAAGAUGGAGACUUUCCUCCCGGUACCCUUGAGCAGUGUGCCAUGAAUGUAUGUAUGUAAGGUAUAAGCGUGCACAUCUCUGCUGCUGUACAUGCUCUCCGCUUGAUAGCAAUUAUCAUUACAUAUAUCCUUCUCUGUGAUGAUGACAGAUAAAAGAGGUAUAUGUAGUACUGUUAUCCUUGUGUGGGUAGCAAUCUUUAUUAAUUUUUAGUUACUCUCCUGCUGCAGCCAUAUGUAUAUGUAUCAUCAUGGAGGCGGAUAUUUUUUUAGCAUGAAUCAUUUUGCUUGCGUUCCACUAUUAUUCUUGUGUGCAGGGGAGCUGAACUACAGGACUACACACUCAUGCUGCUGCUGCUGCCGCUGCUGCUCCUGAUUCUGCAGAUACACCAUAGCUAUAGCUGCCACCCGUGCGGGAUGUGCAUGUACGUCUGCGUAUGCAUGUGUGUGUGUAUCUCCAGCCAUCCACCAAAAAUCCCUCUUCCCCUCCAUUCACAGUCACAUCACACCCUCAACCCUUUCCCCCUGCUGCGUCCACACAUACACAAAGUACACAUGCAUACAGCAUGUGUCCUCCUCCCCCCCCCCCAACACACAUGUAUAGUAACGUGUACCCCAAAAACAAACACUUGUACCCCCCCUCAAGAAGACACAUCUUAAAAAACCCAAUAAAGUCCCAAACACCUCGUAUCUCAUCAUGCCCCAAAACACUUCUAACCCCAACACCUCAACCACACAAUUUCAAAUCAUUUCGUCACUUGUCCCUCCUAUCUAUACCCCAAAAAAACCUAAACACCUCGUACCUUGUACCACAUAAUAUAC